AUGCGGAGGGCCGGCGGCAUGGAGGACUUCUCGGCCGAGGACGAGGAGCCCUGGUACGACCAGCAGGACCUGGAGCAGGACUUGCACUUGGCCGCUGAGCUGGGGAAGACGCUGCUGGAGAGGAACAAGGAGCUGGAGGCGUCUCUGCAGCACAUGUACGCCACCAACGAGGAGCAGGUGCAGGAGAUCGAGUACCUGACCAAACAGCUGGACACGCUGCGGCACGUGAACGAGCAGCACGCCAAAGUGUACGAGCAGCUGGACCUGGCGGCCCGCGACCUGGAGCUGACCAACCAGAAGCUGGUGCUGGAGAGCAGGGCUGCGCAGCAGAAGAUCCACGGGCUGACGGAGACCAUCGAGCGCCUGCAGGCCCAGGUGGAGGAGCUGCAGGCCCAGGUGGAGCAGCUUCGGGGCCUGGAGCAGCUGAGAGUGCGCCGGGAGAAGCGGGAGCGCAGGCGCACCAUCCACACCUUCCCCUGCCUCAAGGAGCUGUGCACCAGCAGCCCCGGGUGCAACAAUGAUGCCUUCCGCCUGCACAGCUCCUCGCUGGAGCUGGGCCCCCGGCCGCUGGAGCAGGAGAACGAGAACCUGCAGACGCUGGUGGGGGUGCUGCGCUCCCAGGUGAGCCAGGAGCGGCAGCGCAAGGAGCGGGCGGAGCGGGAGUUCGCCUCGGUGCUGCAGGAGUACGCGGAGCUGGAGCAGCAGCUGGGCGAGAUGGAGGGCUGCCGCCUGCGCGUGCAGGAGCUGGAGGCCGAGCUGCUGGAGCUGCAGCAGAUGAAGCAGGCCAAGACCUACCUGCUGGGCCGGGAGGACCACCUGGCCGAGGCCCUGCUGGCGCCCCUCACCCAGGCCCCCGAGGCCGACGACCCCCAGCCCGGCAGCGGGCACGAGUUUGGGGCCCCGGACGGCGGCUCCUCCCCGGCCACCUCCCCCAGCCACACGGUGCGCAAGAGCUGCAGCGACACGGCGCUCAACGCCAUCGUGGCCAAGGACGCCGCCAGCCGGCACGCGGGCAACCUCACGCUGCACGCCAACAGCGUGCGCAGGCGGGGCAUGUCCAUCCUGCGCGAGGUGGACGAGCAGUACCACGCGCUGCUCGAGAAGUACGAGGAGCUGCUCGGCAAGUGCCGGCAGCACCGCGCCGGCGUGCGGCACACGGGCGUGCAGACCUCGCGGCCCAUCUCCCGGGACAGCUCGUGGAGGGACCUGGGGGGCAGCGAGGAGGGCCAGGGCGAGGCCAGGGCGGGCGAGAAGAGCCUGAGCCAGCACGUGGAGGCCGUGGACAAGCGGCUGGAGCAGAGCCAGCCCGAGUACAAGGCGCUCUUCAAGGAGAUCUUCUUCCGGAUCCAGAAGACCAAGGCCGACAUCAACGCCACCAAGGUCAAGACCCACAGCAGCAAGUGA